AUCUUGUUGUUCCGUGCGAUGAUGUACCAUAUGAUACGUUUUUAAUGAUAGGCUUGCAGAGCCUGUGGAAAACUCGUAUGCAAGACCGAAAUGCAGAAAUGCAGACCGAAAUGCAUUUCGUUCAAAUGAGAUGGAACGCAAGCACCAUGAAGGCCGUGUUUGAUUGCCAAUAAAUCCGCUUCAGCAGAGAGCAUUGAAGUAGUUCUUGCGGAAAGUAUUUCUGAUAUGGCCUAUUUUAAUUUCGAAUAUAUUUCUUCUUUUCGAUACAAAGGGGUUCAGGGUCUCUCUAAACCACGUUCGCCACAUUGCAAAGUGUUGUUCAGGAUCUCACUCGACAUACGUCCUGCCUCUUCAAGUAGCGAGGUGCUACUGACGACGUGCAACUCCCAUCCCCUCUCUAGCCCUACCACGUGACAGGCUUCUCAAGCUUCACGCACACGCUUCUUUCUACUCCGAAACUCCUAUGCUAACGCAUUACCAAAAAAACGAGAUGUUCUGUACAGUGCCUAUCACAGACACACAAAAUACACCCCAAUACGCAACGUAUAAACAUACGCUACUAAACUAUGCUUCAAUACUCACUGAAAUACAGUCUUCAAUUGCCCACUUCACAUAGAUUCCAACUUGUGCGUUGGUACAAAACUGCGCAACUGACAAAGAAGAAUGACAACUGACAAGGCAAAGAAUGAAACAUAUGACUGUUCUUUUUUUUUUUUUUUUACCUUGUAUACCGUCUAGUCUCACAGUUUCAAGCAAUGCGUCCGUGUCAACUAGCCCUGCUAUCAACCCUCUUAAUGUGCGUUUUUUAAUUUGCAAAACUUUUGUUCCUCAUCGAAAAUCGCGACUCUGAUAUUUUCAAAGACGUUAAAUAUUGUACACGUGCGCCUAUCUUUCAGAAGCUCCUCACGAACUAGGUUCCUGUCAACCAGAUGCUUGAAGCCAACGACGAUGUAGAUGCUGGCAUUAUACUUCAACGGCAAUGUAUUCGUGACAUUUACGCUGGUGAAAGAGACGCUUUCGCAUACCUCUCCGGUGACACUGCGUGCCGUCGCAAGUUCGCGAACCUAAUACGACGUAGCUCGCUCGUGGGAUUAUUCGCCAGCCACCGCAAAGGCCGCUUGAUGCCCGCAAAGGUCUGCUCGUCGAAACUAUGCUUUCUUGCAGCAGCAUCAUGUCUAAUCGUGGUAGUGUACUUGCCCCAAGUGAAAACACCGCCGUGGAGAAACAUCGAAGCUGACAAGUCAUCCACCGUUGUCAAGGACGACAACGACGCUAGGAGAGCGAGAAUCAAGUCGGUGUGCGAGAGGCACCGUUCGUACCUACCGCUGCAGCGCCCUACUCCCGGUCUUGGCGUGAACCUGCCUUCUCCUAGUCGACGCACCGUGCAAUGCGACUCGAGCCAGUGCCCGCUGUUCGUAGACGACUCGCGUUCGCUGGCCUUCUGCUUUAUCGCCAAGGUGGCGUCGACCAGCUUGAAAGGCAUUUUCGCGCCCCUUCUCAACGUCACCGUGGUCGGACACGGCACAGACGCCCUGCACUCGUCGUUCCGCUACCAGACUCUCCGGUUUGGUCCGAGAACGCUGCUGCAGGGAAACAGAAGCCAUUACACGAAGGCGAUGUUCGUGAGGCAUCCGUUCGAGCGCCUUAUGUCCACCUACAUCGACAAGGCGCUCAGGGGUCCCGAGGAGAUGGCGUGGGCCUACAAACUCCACUGGUACAAGAUCCCCGGAGUGCAUGACGAGCGGCGCAGCCCGACGUUCUCGGAGUUCGUGGAAUACGUGCUGGCGACGACUGCGGAGAACGCGGACGAGCACUGGUCUCCGUAUUACGCGCUGUGUCAGCCCUGCCUCCUGGACUACGACUUCGUCGGCAAGCUGGAGACAGCAGGCAGGGACUUCCCACUGUUCUUUUCCCUCGUGGACAUGGGAGGGAAGGCGGACGUUCUUGGUCACGACAACACUCGGCACGAAGUAAGCGGGAUUAGCGCGACAGACACGAAGUAUUACUUCAAGCAGCUGUCGUUCCACCAGGUCAUGAGACUGUACGCCUGGUACUUUUACGACUUCGAGCUGUUCGGCUACGACUUCAGGGAAUAUCUACCGUAGCCUAUAAGGGAGGGAGGAAAAGAAAGAAGGGAAGAAAUGAAAACCACACGGACAGGUGGAUGGACAAGCAAACAGGCAGAUUAAACGCGACGUUCAUGUGCAGGAUAACAAUCGAGGUUCUAACUGUAGGGACAAGCUCUAACUCUAGGACGUGUUGUGGCUGCGCGGAGAGUGUGUAUCGCAUCCCACACUAUCAAUUUUUUAAUUCACGUCUUCACCAGGGGCACGGCUGUAAAAUGAUAUGCACAGUAAACACGUGUUAUACGUGCGUUUAAUUUUUAGCCCGGUUGGCUGGAAAUCAACGAGAAAGCGAAAAAUGCUCUCUGAAAUUACGCAUGUGCGCGUGCGCGUAUGUGUGUGUUUGUGUGCGUGCGUGUGCGUGUGUUGCAUGUAUUAUUGCAAUAACAUAGUGCGAGGAAGGGUGCUACGCUCUAGCGGGCGGUCUUUCUCAUUACCACGGCCAGCGAUAGAAAGCGAUAUUCCUCCUCUGCAUUUUCGCACACUGGCACCAUAUGCGUUGGAAGCGUGGCUCGCGGCGUUUCGGCGAAAGCUAUGACGCAAUUUCUGCUGCCGAAGGAAGACUGGCUGACGUGUGAAUGAGGGUGCGGAGACCUUAAACUGAAAUGUGGGCUGUUUUUUUUUUUUUUUUUGUUUUUGUUUUUUUUAGCGUGCGGGCAUCGGGGUAACAUUUUGCGGGCACGAACGUCAACACGUGUUCUACGCACCGUGCUAGUUUCUUUAACGGGCCCGUCACCAGGUCUGGCCGUUUCGAACUGACAAGCGCAGUGCAUACAAUGCGCGCUAACAAUCGUGCCUUCAAAGUAUUACACCGCUACGCACCGCGAAACGAGGUGACAUUUCAAACCGAACGUCCUGUGACCUUCUCGUCGCGGGCGACGCGCUCCCAGCCGAAGAGUUGACGUCAGUCGCGCAUGUGCGACUGCGUAGUUCACCGUGCUGGGACGUUACUCACAGUGUCACGUGACUGAGAAUCAUCCUAGGUAACAGCAGUUAUUUGUUUGAUUCGUUGCUUCAAUAGGCGAAUUAAAGUUUAGAGAAAUAAUAAAACCGUUAAACCGAA